GAAGCAGAGAUGUAGUGCUACAGCACUGAGGAAGCCAGUACUAGAGAGAGUCUGCAGCAGAGAGGGUGUGCGUGUAUGAGCGAGCAAAUGCACAGAAAAGUGGGACAUCUGCCAGUUUUCCCCUUGAAAAGGAAGAGACAGAAACGGAGGGCUUGGAAAAUUAGACUUCUGCUCACCAUUGAUGAAAGGAGCAUGUCCAAAAGUGGGAUAUGAUGUUCAAGCCAUAUUAAUUCAUCUAAAAUCAAGCUGGUUAAGACUGCAGAUUGUGUGCCAUUCUCCAGCUGCAGAAAUUGAGACCUGUUCGUUUGACCCAAAGAUCAUGCCAGGGUUGUACUGCUUGCCCUCCUGGACUGCCCUUCCUCUACAGAGCUCAUGUGUAAAGGCCUGUGCCAAUGGGUAUACCUUGGGCAUCACUGCCAACCUUACUUAUAUCAAUCUGGAACAGCAACCUGUGGAAGGAGUAUUUGUCUAUCCCCUGGAGGAGUCGGAGGUGGUCUCAAGCUUUGAAGCAACAACGGGAAACAGAACCUCCACCUUCCAGAUCCAGACCCGGCCUCAAGUGGAUGAUUGCUGCCUUGACUGUAAUAUGAAUUGCAACCAGCCACUCCGCUGCGGUAACGGUCACUUGAUCCUUGAUGGAGACUUGGCACGGUCUACUUUCAUUGUCAGCACAGGCCCCAUUGAGCCCUCAGAAACUUUGACUGUGCUCUUCAGUAGCAGCCAGGAGCUGGCAACCCUGCCCGGUGGUGCACUGCAUGUCUUCUUCCCAUCUGUACUCAUGCCUUUUGUUGUAGCCCUGCCUGAAAGUGAAAGUGAGGCAAGAAGCUUGUGUGACGACAGCUCCACCAGUUGUUUUGGCUCUACUGGUCUGAAGAGUGAACCAUCUUUUCAUAUGCCUCCCAAGGACACCGACAUCUUCAGAGGUGACGUUUAUAAUCCCUUCCCUUACGAGUUCAGCUUCAAGAUGCUGGUUAAUGGACCAUGUUUGCUGGCAGGACUAGAAAGCCCAUCGCAUGCUCUUCGAGCUGAUGCAAAUCCAUACGCUAGUUCAGCAUCAACGAUAUGCAUUACCCUGGCAGAUAAGCACAGUUAUGACAGGAACCUGGAAAUCAUCUUGCAUCCUUCUGAACCUCAUCAUCCCCACCUAAUCAUUGAAGAUGGUGCCAUGACUUAUCAUGAAUAUGAGGCACACCUAAGGAACCGCUGGGAUUAUGCUCGGAUUGCCAAAAAGGAUAGUGAUGGAGAGAGACAGGUUGCCUUUGUCCAGAAGAGGUUCCACAAAGACAUUUUCUACAAUCCUGUCCUGAUGCUGAAUUUCUGCCCCAAGAUAGGCAGCAUUUCUACUGACAUUCAGACUGUGACUCGGGAGAUGCUCUUCCUCAUUGACCAGACUGGAAGCACAAGUGGCUCCAGCACUGAUGGGAUCAAAGAUGCUCUGCUAGUAGCAAUAAAGAGCCUUCCUUCCAGCAGCUUGUUCAAUGUUGCAGGCUUCGGCCCCAACAUCAAGCCUGUCUUCAAGACGAGCAAGCCUUGUAAUAAUGACACCCUUAGGCUGGCCUGUGAAUAUGUUCAGAAGCUACGGGCUGAUGGGAGUGGGACCAGCCUCCUUGCUGCUCUGAACUGGAGUUUGGGACAGCCUCUCCACCGGGGAUAUCCGCGGCAGCUCUUUAUCUUUAUGGAUUCCAGCGUAGAAAACCCAGGCAAGAUUAUCGAGCUGGUCAGGAGGCAAGCCAGCACUGUCAGGUGUUUCACUUUUGGCCUGGGGUCUGCUGCCUCCCAUCGGCUCCUUAGGGGAUUGGCAAAAGUUAGCAGAGGCCAGGCAGAAUUCCUCAGCCCAGGUGAAAGGUUGCAGCCGAAGCUGAUAAAGUCUUUGAAGAAAGCAAUUGAGCCAGCUGUGAGUGAUAUCACGAUCGACUGGUAUGUGCCUGACACCAUGGAGGCCCUGCUGUCACCCAACGAGAUUGCAGCCCUUUAUCCCGGAGACCGCCUCAUCAGCUACUGCACCCUUUACCACACUGCCAGCUUCCGGGACAAGAAAGCUACAGACAGAGAGCAAAUAUGUCGGAGCUUCUCUAGAGGAUCUGCAGGAUCAACGUGUCCAUCCCAGGAGGAGGUAGAAGCACAGGAAGGAGCCCAUCCACAUUCAACUGGAGAGAGUCAAGAUAUCUGUAAGGUCCUUCAUGACAUUUCCCAUGAAAUAUCCCUGAAGUUUUCACCUGGGGACACUGAUGAGUCUAUGAAGAGUGGAGAUCCUGUGUCUGGAGGAGACAUCUGGAAGCGGAUUUACCAGCCCUCCUACAUCCAGGAACAAUAUGUGCUUACUCACUGCUCAGUCAGCACCGACUACAGCCAGGGGUUGUGUCACAGCACUACCAGCAGUGAGUCAACCGGCUCCAGAGAUGUACCUCCGGAGGAAGGCUCCUUAGCCCAGACUCUUGAAAACAGCUCUCAGCAAGGACAGAAGAGUGUGUCUCUCUGCAACUCUUCCACUAAGUCUGCUCCAAUUCCCCAGACUCAGGCUGGGGCUGGGGCUAAGGUAUCCAUUGCCCUAAGCUCUGAAGAAUUGGUGCGUAGGAAGAAAGCCCUGGCCCGGGCUGCCAUGUCUGGACGUAGUUUCUCCUCCCCACAUGGCGAGUUGGAUGCCCAUCGGUUGCGCCGGGCCCUAGAGAAAGUCUCUCAGAAACACAAUCGAUCUCUGGAAGGGAAGCUGGAUGACAUUGGGCCUGAGCUGCAGAAGAUGCACAAGGGUGCUGCUGAUUCCAGCAACUUGCUGUCACCUGCCCAUCUUGACUGGGACAUGCUGUUGGAGCCCCCAUACCUUUUCAGCCCAUCACCAGCCUUGGAGCAAGGAACGCGUGACAGCAACCCCUGGCCGCCUCUCCAGUGCCAGGUGGUGAUCCAUGCACUCAGUGCAGGGAAGCCAAUCUCCUGGGCGGUGACCAUUGGCCUGGAUUCCCUGUUCCUUCCCAAAGACAGCCCGGAGCUGUCCCAGUGGCAACAGCCCAGCACAGGAUUUGAGAAACUACUUCACCGUCUGACUGCUGGCUCUGUUAUCCGGGAUAACGAGAAUGUAGCUCAGAGAGAAGCAGAACUGGACCAUG